UUUGUUGCCACACAUGUCCAGAGCCGGUUACAGCCCACGCUGUGGGGCUAAUGAGUGUCACUCUGGGCAAAAUUAUUCUUUAGUCUGUAGAUUUUACUCCACAUGACGUUUAAGACGUUGUUUUUUUUUUUUUUUUUUUGGCGUUAGCUUGUUUUCGUUCCCCCUCUGACAGACAGCCCAGACUGACGGGAAGAAUUUGCAGUGAUGGAGCUGCAGAAACUCAUCUGGUUAAAACUGUGAUGAAAGUGACCACAGGAGGAUUGGAACCUGAGCUUGUGAGUGGUUCACGUUCUGUUUUGGGGAAGCAGGCUUGAAUCCAUUUUCACUAUGACCUACAACAACCCCCCUUAUGCUGAUUACCCAGCCUUCAACAUCAAAGCCAGCACUGUUGGAAGUUACAGCAACACAAAGAUCAUCUCUGUGGAAAUAUAUGUGGAUGUCAGGUACAGCGGCCCGAGAGAUGAGACCAACAUGGCAGUCAUCAAUGUCAAGCUGCUGUCUGGCUUCAAGCUGGAUGAGGAGUCUCUGAGGCCUCUGAGCAGUGAAAGCACGCUGAAACAUGUGGACCAAGAGGAUGGAAAUGUCAUCAUCUGUUUGGAUGAGACGGCCUAUAAACAACAAGUGACAUCGGAGUUGGAGUGUGUAGACUCGACAGGAGCAGUGAGAGAACCAGAAAGCAUGACGGUACCCUCAUCCCAAGUAGUCCGGAACAGCCAAGCUCUGCUAGAGGUGUCACAGUGCAAGCUCCUGGAACCGCUGCAGCCCUGGACUGGGGUCCUUUUACAUGGAUGACUUCAACGAUGAUCGACAGGAGGGCUUCUCAAAUGCCACCUAGGAUGGACAUGGAGCAGGAAGGGCGAUGGUCAAACUUCACCACCAACACUGGAUCCUAGACUUCCUUCUUCAGGCUCACAACUCUCCCAAUUAACCAGACACUACAGGACCCCACCUCUUCUUCUGGAGUUCAGCAGCCUGCGAACAGAGUAGACCAGGGUGCCCUCGACAACAACUAGAGGAGGUGGCAUGACAUUGGGUGUAGCCUUGUCCAGUGGACCUGAGACAACUGGCUUAGGAAGGGAGACACGGAAAGACCAUGAGACAUGGUACUGAGCAGGUAUGUCUAACUUGUAGGUUGAUUUUUCUAACAAUCUUUAACAGACCAAUAAAUCUUGGCAACGAUUUCUUACUUCCCUCAGUAAACCUGAAGUCCCUGGUCAACAACAAAAGCCGGCCUCCAAGAGAAAAGGCAGGAGUGUUACCUCUACAAUGAUCCGCUUGUUGUUUGUGGCGGCAUAGAACAGUUUCAAUACACUGGUGGGUGUUAUCCCAGACCUGCUUACUCCAUCUCAUCUAUUUAUCAACAGCAGGGAUAUCUGAGGGUGUA